ACAUGUCGUUUUAGUCUUUUUUAUGCAAUGUCUUUUUACGACUCCAAGCUCGACACAACAACUAAUAAUACAUCAAUAACCGGCGAGAACUCGCGUUUCUAUUCGUCCACCUCUCAAGCUACAGGAUUUAACUACGUGCUAGAUCCAGAGGACAAUGGAGAGCACGAAGAGGAGGAAGCAACCGUCGAGGAUAAGGAUUCCUUUGAAGCAGCUCAAGACCCGGACGCUCUUACAAUUAAGAACGUGCAGAGGGCUGAUUACGACGACGUCGAGGAUUUCGAGGCUUUCGUCACCGAGGAUGCUGAGUUAAUGUUUCACUUGAGCAGCGUAAGAAACGUCAUACACAAAUGCGCUUUAUCUUUGGUGCUACGCGAUACCAAGUUGAAGGCAUUAGGCGGAUUAUGCUUAGCCGAUUAUCCGAACGUCCCGAGUAUUCCUGCAGACGAUUGGGAAUGCUGGAUCCGAAGAUUGUACGGAAUGAAAGGCAAAUUAUUUAAUUAACAAACGCUUUGUGAGUUUAAUUCAAAUCGAUGCAGAGGUGAACGCUUUCAAUACGUUCUGGGUGCAUUUGGCGGUGUGCGAAAAGGGAUAUGAAGAGAGAUUCAUGGAGCCGCUGCUGCGUUACCUCUUCGAGUAUUUCACGAGGAAACGAUACGUGCUUUUCGUGAUUCCUUCGGUGUGCCAUAAGAAAGUGGAAUGGCUGAACAAGAUUUCCACGAAAAUACUCCCAAUAAAUUACACGAACGCAAAUCGGGUGCAAACGUUGAGGUUGCUAGUGCGACAAGACUUCGUGAUUAACUACAAGAUACGGAGAGCCGUUGAGGAAGAUAACGAUGAUUUGGUGCCGCUAAUAGAUUCGUACUCGUCGUUGUUUCGACAGAUUUACGGAGACUUUUACAUAGCCGAAAUUAUUACCAGGCAUCCGGAUGCCGGAAGACAACUGAUUGUUGCCGAGUACAAAGGUAUAGCAAUUAGCGUUCUUUGUUUGAACGUCAACGUGAAUUACGAGCAGUUAAACUGCGCCUUCGAUUUGGAUCUCUUCGGCGGACUUUACAAGGCGGAAGGAACUCACGUGCCAAUCAACAAGCAAUCCGUCGAGAUCACCAAAGAUACUGACUUUGCAGAGCUCAGUUUGGAGAGAAUCACAACUGUUGUAGAUUUAUCAAGCAUGCCCUCUUCGUCGAGCAUUAUAAAGACUAAAGCUUCUGAGAGUUACAUCAAUAUACACGACAUGUCUUGGAAUAUUCCUUCUUCAGACUCGGAGUCCUCGGAGGUUUUCGAGUUCAGCGGAGGCCAAUCCAGUAAAGUCGGAUCGAUCGUCGAAGAAGAUACAGAAUCUUGGGAUGUUUCCGAAGAGGAGGAGGUUCAUCAAGCGGAUGAAGAGAGUACGAAGGUCAGGGAAAAGCAGGAGGAGAACGCGUUCGCGUUAGAAAUCGCAGUAGCGAAACCGGGCCACGAAUCCAGCCUUUUCCUAUUGCUCGAGGCCGCCUUCGAGUGUUUCCCGCAAAAAGAUUACUGCAUCCUGACCAUACCCUCAGACCACAAAUACAUGCAGCUACUAAAGUUCUUCACUCGCGUAACACCAAAGAAUAAAUGCCUGCAUCCGCACGAGCUCUACAUCGUGCACAAGAGCAUAUCAAAUCCUCUUCACGUCAAGGAAGCGACGAUCAACGAUAUCGAAACCGUUUCAAAGUUUUGCAGUUACAUAAAGAAACCCGGCGACAUGAUGGAAACGUUUCUCAGAUACCUAGAGGAACCGAAAUCCACUGGUCGCACUUUUCUUUUAUACUCGGGUGAAAAAUCAGCUUCUCUAGUUGGUGUCAGCAUUGUUAAUGAAAUAGAAGAUUUGAACAGUUUAAUAGCCAAGUACGCGAUCGGGGUUUUCACUGAGAUUCAAAGAGAUAAAGUCGAGAAUAUCGGUGUGAUUGAAUUCAACGUUAUGUCGCCGCUGUUCAGAAUACAUUCCAAAUACUUUUUGAGGGACACGCACAGAUUGAGCGGUUACGAUACACUUUUCUACGCGAUGAAUCGUUUCGACGGGACGCACCAUCGCAAUCGUCCGAUUCCUUCGUGUCUGAUGGAUUUAUACUUGGUCCCGGCGAUGAACAUGACCGGAGGAUUGUCUUAUCCCGAAGAGCCGUUUGCUUUGUACUUGUCCACCACGAGAUUAACCAGUAUCAGACGGUACGAAAUUAACAACAGAAUUGUAAUAGUUGGAUCUGGGUACACGGGGAUAGCCUUUAUGAAGGGCCUCUUGCUCACCAAAAACCUCCAAAACCAAGCAAUCUUCAACAACGUAACGUUGAUUGCUAUACAAGGCUUGUGCCACAAUAAACCGUUGCAUAACAUAAGGAAUAUAAUGCAGAUUAAGACAAGCAUCAUAGACUACGAUUACAUCGAGAAGUUGAAUUUGAGGGCGUACGUUAACAUAAUUACAGGAGUUGUCACAGGAAUCAACAGACAAGAGAAAACUGUUAUGAUCAACAAGUCCUUCUCGAUACCCUACGACAUGCUCUUCCUGAUGUGCGGCAAUCAAUACAUCGUGCCGAACUUCCAUCAACGCAGGAGCAGCAUGAUCAACGCUCCCGAAAAUCUCUUCACCAUCAACAGCGAAUCGGAUGCGACGAAUGCACUGACGAAGCUGUACGAGCUAAGCCAAAACUACAGAGGGAAAUAUACCGUGAUGGUUUACGGUCACAAUUUGGAAUGCUACUGCUGCGUCGCGGCUCUAAUUGAAUUUGGAGUGCCUCCAAUGUACAUAACGCUCGUCGAACCGGCCAAGGACAAAGGCAAAGAACACGAUUUCAUAUUCCAGGAUGACGAGAUUUACGAGAAGGUUAUGAAAACCAUCGGCGAAUUAGGGAUUAACUAUUUGCCGAAUUACAAGAUGAUCGAGUGGGGUUUAGCGCAGGACGAUAAGCAGAUCAUGGUGAUGUUGGAGUCGCAAUUGAGAUAUUUGGAGAUCGAGUGUCUUGCAGUUUUCCUGUACAACGAUAAGUCCAUCAACAUGCAGACUUACGAGGCAAUCGUUCAAUCCGGUUUAGUUUUCGAUGGGAAAUUGGUGAUUGGUCCGCACUGCAAUACGAACGAUCCGUACAUUUAUGCCGCAGGAUCCGUCACCAAAUACUCGAGGCGGUAUUACGCGAAUCACCUUUUGCACAGAUAUUUCAACAGCGAGGAGAUUGGACUUACGCUAGGUAAAAAGAUCCGGAGCGAGUUGAUCCCAUUCAAUGAGGAUACGAGCUCCAUACAAUUCACAGAGCAGUGCUGGAAUAAGGGCACGAAUUUGGUGCCUAUCUUCGAGCAGCCCUUGAUGCAGUACUGCCAAUUGCCUGGUAACAUGUACUAUCUGCACAUCUACAAACCGGGAAUCGUGGUGCCUUUGGAGGCGGCGAUGUGCGACAACGAUUACGGCACCGUUUUGGUGACGGGAAUGUGCAAGAAUUUGGCGACGCAAGGCUACUUCCGCAUCCAACUGAAUCCUUCCAACGUGAUCCAUACAAUCACAUGCUUAUCUCUUCAGAGUUUCAGCUACAAGAAGCUUCUGCUGCUUUGGGGCAAACACGAGGCCGUGCUGAAUAAACUGGUGAAGCGAUUCGAGCUUUCGUACGUGCCGGAUCUCUUCGAGUACUUCGACAAACCUUGGGCAUCGGCUCUCUUCCACGACGAUUUCCCGUACUUGGAAGAGGACAUCAUGAGGAUGCUCUCCUCCAAAUCGAUCAUGCCCGGGGCGUCGCCGAUCGAAGAUUUAGUUCGAUUGUUCAACGAGAACGGAUACAAACCCUUAUCCACACAAGAAAUGGAUGUGCUUUUAGAUAAGUUCAAAGAUUCACCAUACGAGGAAUUGAUAGUGGAGAAGUUGCUCGAUUUCUUGGGCAACAACCUGAAAUCUUUGCCGAUGUACGCACAUCCCAUUUUGAUCAGCUAUUUACUGGCUGGCUACGAGGAAAGCAGUCUGUUCAAAGAUAUCUAAUUUUUCUCGAAAUAAUAAAGAAAAAUCCGUACGCUGGUAUUGAAAAUUGAUCUAUUAAAAAAAAGAAGCAAAAUUUCUGUACAAUGCCUUGACAUAUUUUUACAUUGAUUAAUUUUACAUU